UCGAGCUCCCCAAGCUCCCGCGCAGACCGUCGGCUCCCCGCGCGUGCUCACUCGACGUCGCGCUCCGAGGCUUCCCAAGCUAAGCCUCUGCGGCCGGGUGCGCGGCGCUUCAGGAACAAGAUUUUGACUCCUUUUUGGAGUUCUCAGUUCUGCGCUCCUCCGUCCCUGACAAAUCUGGGGCAGCAAACAUAAGCGGCUCCACUGCGCUACAGACGGGGCAGGUUUCGGGCUGCCUGGGGCCUUGACGCACCAAGACACCGCCGCUGCCCGGAUGUUGCGAUGGCUGAUCGGGGGAGGCCGCGAACCGCAGGGACUGGCCGAGAAAUCUGCUUUACAGACAAUAGGCGAAGAACAAACCCAGAAUCCCUAUACAGAACUGCUUGUACUGAAAGCUCAUCGUGAUAUUGUACGAUUUCUGGUACAGUUAGAUGACUACAGAUUUGCAUCUGCUGGUGAUGAUGGAAUUAUAGUUGUGUGGAAUGCCCAGACAGGAGAAAAACUUAUGGAACUCAAUGGACACACACAAAAGAUAACAGCUGCUAUUGCAUUUCCUUCCUUGGAAUCUUGUGAAGAAAAAAAUCAGCUCAUCUUGACAGCCUCUGCCGAUCGAACAGUUAUUGUAUGGGAUUGUGAUACUGGCAGACAAGUUCAGAGAAUAUCUUGCUUCCAGUCUACUGUAAAGUGUUUAACUGUUCUUCAGAGACUAGAUGUUUGGCUCUCUGGUGGGAAUGACUUAUGUGUGUGGAACCGAAAAUCACACCUCCUGUGUAAGACCAGCCAUGUUUCUGAUACAGGGAUCAGUGCUUUGGUUGAAGUACCAAGCAACUGUGUUGUAGCAGCAGUUGGCACAGAACUGAUAAUUUUCAGGUUAGUAACACCCACAGAAGGAUCACUGGAAUGGGAUAUUAUUGAAGUUAAGCGCCUCCUUGAUCACCAGGAUAAUGUUCUCUCAUUGGUUAAUGUCAAUGAUUUCAGCCUUGUUACCGGCUCCCACGUCGGAGAGCUGAUUAUCUGGGAUGUCCUGGACUGGACCAUGCAGGCCUAUGAACGCAACUUCUGGGACCCAUCUUCACAGCUGGACACCCAGCAGGAAAUAAAACUCUGUCAAAAACUAAGUGACAUUUCUAUUCAUCAUUUCACAUGUGACAAAGAGAAUGUAUUUGCUGCAGUUGGAAGGGGUUUAUAUGUGUAUAAUCUUCAACUGAAGCGUGUGAUUGCCUGCCAGAAAACGGCACAUGACUCCAGUGUCUUGCACGUUGCCAAGCUUCCAAACAGGCAGUUAAUCUCAUGCUCAGAAGAUGGCAGUGUACGCAUUUGGGAGUUACGAGAAAAACAGCAGCUCACAGCUGAGCCUGUACCAACAGGUUUUUUUAAUAUGUGGGGAUUUGGAAGAGUGAACAAACAAACCAGCCAAACUGUUAAAAAACAGCAAGAAAAUGCCACGUCGUGUUCACUGGAGCUCAUUGGAGAUCUGAUUGGACACUCGUCCUCUGUGGAGAUGUUUCUGUACUUUGAAGAUCAUGGACUCGUGACUUGUUCUGCUGAUCAUCUCAUUAUUUUGUGGAAAAAUGGAGAACGAGAAUCUGGAUUACGCAGUUUGAAAUUAUUUCAGAAGUUAGAGGAGAAUGGUGACUUAUACCUUGCUGUCUAGUUUAAGGAAGUAGGAAUAUAUGUGCAUGUACCUUGAAUAGCAAAUUUAGAGUCAUACUUUGGAACUCCAUUAAUAUACUGAUCACUUAAAUGUGUAAUUUCUUUCUUGUUCAUAAAAUUCUACAUGUUUCUUUUUUGUGCACCUACAAACUAGCAACAAGUUGCUGAAAUUUUCAGGUGUCAGUACAUACACCAAAGAACAUACCACAAGCUUUUCAUAAAACUCUGUGACACUGUUGAAGUGGUAACUGCUUUGUUCUGAGUUUCCUGAUCUGAGCCUAUACUUGGAAGUGGUAGAAAAACAGUAAAGUUGAGUGCUCUUUAGAAGAUUUAUUUUUUAUUUCCUUCAUAGCCUGUUUGAUUAAGAAUUUCUGUGAUAAAUAUAUCUUUUCUCCUACAAAUUUCCCUGGUCUUUAGUAACUAUCAGUAUUCAAUAGAAAAACUUGAAUCCUAGCCAAAAAAUGAACUCUAUUCUUUAUGUAUAAUGAUUUUGGGAGUGGUAUUGACUAAUUUGCUUAAAUUGUUAAAAAUAUUUGGUGCUAGCCACUCAAAUCUCUAUGUACUGUAAUCCAUAGAUAUCUUAUCAAGGUGUAUUUCUUCCCAACAUGAACUGGCCUGAGCAGCACAGCCAGAUUAGGACCAGAGCAGCCCCUCAGGUGUUCCAAGGAUGAGUGCUAUGACAGCAAAGGGGCACAGUGUUUUCAUGGUCAGGGACUGCAGCCAAAAGUGCCCGAUCUAUCUGCCUCUGACUUAACUAUGAAAUGCUUGAGGAAAAACUUCACCUUCUGUAGGUCCUUGCAUGUCCACUGAGCUUGGGUUAUCUUCAUCACCCACCUGCUUUAUGACAGAACACUCUCACUUUUGGUGCUAAAAAAUAAGUAAAAAAGUAUUCUGCGUAGUAAAAAUUCAGUGGGUUUAAUGGUGAAAUUAUUCUACACUGAUUGUUAAAGAAAGGGCACAGUGACUGAUGUUGCAGACUGACCCACUUCUGCUGAUUUAUUUGUUCAUCACACACACACAUAUUUAUCCUUACUCCCCACAUGGAAUCUUUAUAAACUCUUGUUUUCACUAUCACAAUUAC